ACCGAGGGCGCCCCCUAGCGGCCGCUCGCAGCCCGGCUUUCCGGGAGAGACGCCGCUUGGCCGCCCCCGGACCGGCUCAGGCGAAGCGGCCGGGAGCCGGCCAUGAAAUCGGCCUUUGUCACCGUGGGGACGACCAGCUUCGAGGAGCUGAUCGCCGCGGUGACCGCCCCGGAGACUCUCCAGGUCUUGCGGAGCCUCGGCUACGGCCGACUCGUCCUGCAGGUUGGCAGAGGGGCGGCGGCCCCGGCCCGGUUCCGCACGGCGGCGUUUACACUGGAGGUGUUCCGGUUCAAGGAGUCGCUGGCUGAGGAGCUUGAGAGAGCGGAUCUGGUGAUCAGCCACGCAGGUGCAGGCACUUGUUUGGAGACACUGGAAAAAGGAAAACCACUCUUGGUGGUGGUAAAUGAAAAGUUGAUGAACAAUCAUCAGCUAGAAUUAGCCAGGCAACUAUACAGAGAUGGACACCUCUUUUACUGUACUUCACGCUUUUGGAGUCAUUGAAGUCAAUCAAUUUGUCAACACUGAAACCCUUUCCUCCUGGACAGCCAGAAAAGUUUGCUGCAUUCUUGGACAGAGUUAUUGGAUUUGAAUAACUAAUCCAGAAAAAUGAAAACGUUAGUAUGUGAUCAAAUUCUUCUAAUGUCACUUCAUUAAUAGGAAAAUCCACUUAUUCGAACCAACACUUUUUGUAUCAACUGAACAUAAAUAUGCCUGUUCAAUUUCAACUGACAUUAAAUAUUUUCCCAUUUAAUGCCAAUUUAAAAUCUACUGGCAUCAUGCUUCAAGUAACACAGUAGAGGUAUAGGGUUAUUUUUUGUUUGACAACUCUAUCUAAAGGACUUAUCUAGCAAGAGCCAAGGAGAGCCAGAAACUAAAGGCCCACAACUUGACUCUUGCAGACAAGGUCCAGAUGGCAAAUCCAGCUAACAGACAAAAAGAUGUUUCCUUGCAAUUUUCAGUCUCAACUGUGUGUAAGAUCUUAAAGAGAAAGAGAGAAAUCCUAAACGAGUAGCACAAUAGUUCAAACUACAAUCAAAAAUGGCAAUGGGUGGGGAAAAACGGGGUAGAGGAGGCAAUUCUACGCUGGUUUGUUCAUUCACAUCAUCAGAACACAUCAAUUACAGGCGAGUUACUGAUCAGGAAAGCAUAAAACAUUGCAACAGAAAUGGGACUUGAAAAUUUUGAACCAGUCAACAGGUGGCUUUACUGGCAGAAAGCAUGAACUAACAUUGUAUUUAAAUGGAGCCACGGUGAGAGAGAUACUGGUAUCUGAACUCAAGCACUGGACAACAGAUGUCCUACCUUCAGUCUUGGCCAAAUUCUCUUUGGAGGACGUUUAUUGCUGAUUUACUUUACAGCAAUCCCAGAGGAAAUUCUGGUCUUUAAAAAGUCAUAAUUAGCAGCAAAAUAGCAAAGGAAAGAGUCACUGUUCUUGUGUGUGAAAGCCAAACAGGCAAAGAUAAAAUGAAAAUUCUUGUGAUUGAAAAAAGGAAAAUGCCAUGUUGUUUUCCUGGUGUCCCCUCCCUGUCUACGAUCUAUAAAGCAAACAGGAAUGCAUAAAUGAUUGUCAUCAGAGUCACUGAAUGGCUUAUGAACAUUGACCAAGAGAUGAGGGGAAAACAAAGGGAAAAUUGCAGUGAUUCUCAAUUGUUCAGCCCAUCCUAUACCGGAAUUUACAAAUGUGAAACUGAACUUUCUGCUGCCCUGUACAAUUUCUCUACACCAGACUACAACUGAAGGGGUCAUUCACAAUUUAAAGCUCCAUUAUAGAAAGAUCAUGGUGCAUAAAAUCUUCAUGCAAACUGAUGGUGGCACAGCAAAUGUGAGAAAGUCCACAAAAGAUCUUGGUGUUUUGGAUGGUGUUUAUGUUGCAUAGUACCAGGCUGGAGGUAACAACUUUGUCAGUUGUAACUGAAAAGUUGGUUUUGCAGCUGACAUCAAGGAAAUCACACUCUUAUCUUGGAGGACUUUUCAGCUGAACUUGGUGAGACUUAUGUCCUUGGCUGAUUUACAUGAAUACUCUAAUACAGAUGCUGACCUUGAAUGCUUAAGUCAGAUGACAUAAUUAAGAUCUUUGUAGAUCAGUUUUGGAGCCUACUGAAGUGAACAAAACUGGGGAGGAAGAUGCAGUCCUAAAACUAACCAAAGAAGCUGUUUUUAGAACAAGCUUUUGGUUGUAGUGAAGUGAAUAAAAUUAUUACUUAAUCCAUUCUACAGUUUGAUAAAGCCCCAGUCUCUGUCAGCAUCAUCUGAUCCCAUCUACAAGGCCAAAUAGUGUUUUAACCAUAUUGGGAAUUAAUGUGAAACCAGGCCCUCCACCACAGCAGCUUCUUUUAUAAUAUAGCCUGGUCCACACUUGGAACAGAACUGUACUAGUUACACUUAUGUUGAUACAUAGUUUUUAUCAAAGUUCUAACCACUUCUCCCAGAUCACUGCAGUGUGGUUGGGUUUUGUUUUAUACUAACAGUCACACGCAGUGGUACGCUGCUAAAAAGUUAGUCUUUGACAAAAUUCACUAGCACAAUUUUCAGGAGAAAAAGAAUCCCUGUCCACACUGACUGACACCCUGCUAGUUACACCCAUAUCAACAACCAUGUUUUAGUGUGGUUCUGAUCACUGUAAGUAGGAUACAAGCCAACCGAAGCCUAAAUUAAUGUGCUCUUCCUCUAAAUGCUCUUUAAAUGUGUUUGUAUGUGAAAGCUGACAGUGAUGCGGUUCCAAAUGUCACAGUAUAUGUGAACACAAACGAUUGAAACAAAUUAAUUUUAUUUCAUUAAUGCCUAUUGAGCUAGGCAGCAUACAUACUUAAUAAAAAGACAGUCCCUCCUCCUAAACGUUUAUAAUUUGUUUUGAUAUUUUCCCCCUAAAUUUAGCUGUGUGAUUUUGGACAUGCAACAAAUAUGUGAAAGGGACAGAGCAGAACGGAAGCUUUUGUUUGGAGUAUUAAAGAGCUGAAAAGAGGAAAAUUGGCUCAACUUAAUAAUUUCCUAAAAAAAGUAUGAACACACACUGUGCAACAGAUUUCAGAAUUCUUAAUUUCAAUUAUGUACCUUCUGCUGACAUCUUUAUGUCAACAAAUGGUUUUUUUUACAUGUCAUAGCAUCAAAAAAGCAAGGCAAGGAAUCUGAUGUAUUUAUUCACAAAAAUGUACAGUGAAGUAAGGUUUGUAUUAGGGCUGUCAAGCAAUUAAAAAAAUUAAUUGUGAUUAAUCGCAUUAAUAAAAUACCAUUUAUUUUAAA